AUGUCCGUCAAUCAAACUCUCCCAAACAAGGUUUUCGGUAUAACGAAUAUCAAAACCUACGUUCCUCUCAUUCUUGAUCUCGAUCGUCUCAAUUAUGAUGCGUGGAGAGAACUUUUCUCCACCCAUUGUAUUGCCUUUGACGUCAUCGAUCACAUCGACGAAUCUACUCCUAAACCCACGGACGCAGAAUGGAAAAAGGUGGAUUCAAUCGUAAAACUUUGGAUUUACGGAUCGAUCUCACAAUCCCUUCUCCAAAUGGUGUUGAAGAAAGACUCGACCGCGCUUCAAGUAUGGAACAAUCUCGAGACUCUCUUUCGUGACAACAAAGAUGCCAAAUCCAUGCAAAUCGAUAGCGAGCUACGCAACAUUGUGAUGGGCGAUCUCUCCGUCACUGCCUAUUGCACCAAAAUCAAGAGACUUGCUGACCUUCUUGCGAACCUCGAUCCGGACUCCACAAUACCCGACAAACACCUUGUGAUCUACACAAUCAACGGACUCUCCUCGAAGUUCGAUUCGGUGGCCAAUAUCAUAAGGUACCGUUCUCCUCUUCCAACUUUUUUUGAAGCUCGUUCCAUGCUUYUUUUGGAAGAACAAMGGAUGGCUCAAAUACGCCCAACACCCGUUGUGCCUCACACCGACCAUUCCUCAUCGUCCACCAUCCUCCACGUGAACAAUAACGGARGAAAUCGUGGGAAUGGCCGCCGAAACGACCGUCGCCAGCAGCAAGGUCGCCGCCGACAGCCGCYGAAUCAGCAACGCUAUGGUUGGGUGUACAUCCCGCCACCGUCGCCGAGUCUGUCAAAUCAGCCCCGCUAA